AUGCCCACAACUUGUGUGUUCCAAUUGGAUCGCCUUAACCCGGCCUACAACAGUGGCGAAUAUAUCAGUGGACGCAUUUUAUUGCGCACCGAUAAAGUGAAGCGUGUGAAUGCCGUCUAUGUAACGCUGGAGGGAGAGGCCAAGGUGCAGUGGUCCAUGAGCGGCAAGAGUGAGACGGCAAAUUAUUCGGGCCAUCAACAAUAUCUGCACACACGGACCAACGUCUUUGAUAACUCACUUUUCCGCGCUGGUGUGCACGUCUAUGUCCUGACGCUGCGCAUUCCACCCGACUGUCCGAGCACGUGUAAAGGACCUUAUGGCUAUAUCGCCUACAACAUCUCCCUGACCAUCGACAAGCCCUGGGGCUUCGAUGAGGUCUUUCGCAAGCCCAUCACAGUGAUCCAAACACUCGAUCUCAACUACAAUGCAGAGUUUGCAUUACCGGUGAAGGAUGAGAACAUUAAAUACCUCUGCCAUUGGCCCUGCAUCUCGGGUCCCAUAUGCACCAGUCUGGCACUACCUGCAUCUGGUUUUACGCCCCUGCAAGAUGUGCCCUUCACUGUGGAGGUUGACAACCAAUCACCGCAUUAUGACAUUAUUGGACUCGAGGCCUCGAUAAAGCAGCAUUUUGUGUUUCUCUCCCGUAAGCCUGUCAAGCGUAAUUUCUACACCAAGACGUUGUGCAAGGAGGCCGUCACGGAACGCACUCUGCGUCUGUCGAAACGGGUGUACGAGUCCAGUAUUUGUGUGCCGAUAGACACGCCACGCUCCACCCUGAAUCCCAACUACAUUGUAUUCGUGCACUAUACGCUUCAAGUGAGACUGAAAACGGGUUACUUCCACUACGACACAGACUUAUCGGUGCCCAUUGUGAUUGGGACAAAGCCGCUCCAACAGUUGCAGGCCCAGUUAUUAGCGAGAGCCGAAGCCGCGGCCAGGCGCACACCUGAGCGUGAACGUCUCAUAGAACGCGUACCGCCUCGUCAGCCGACAGUGGCGGAGGAGCCAGAGUCGGAAACGGCUGUGGAUGAGACACACCAAGUACUCGAGGCCGAUGAGCCACCAUCCUACGACAGCUGCUUGCCACCGUCCUUCAGUUUUGCAACCUUGGCUGGCAGCUUGCAGACCCUGGAGAGUCAAUUGUCAGGACAGCAUCAGCGCAUAAAUUUGCCAAAGUUUCCGGGCUUUAGCACGUGCAUAGGCACUGCGCCGGCGCACGGCGGACUUGAGGAUUCAGCGUUCGACUUGCGCUUAUUCCGCUCCUAUGGCUCAUUGGACACCGAUCAUACGGGUCGCAGCUUGGACACUUUUGGCUCGAUGUGUGGUCCACUUUGUGAGGAAAGCGAGGAUGGCGUUGAAGAGGUAGAUGCC